CGCUUCCGCCGCGCCCGCCCCGGCGCCAAGAUGGCGGACGGCGCCGUCCCGCUCGGAGACCCGGAGAUCAUCGAUCUGACCUGCGAGGACACAAGCAUGGACCCAGCGCCGUGGAGCAGCAUCACCAUCAUCGACCUGACAGAGGACACUUGCAGCCCUCCCCACAGCCCUCCUCGCACCAUUGGCUGCACUGACCAGGACCCCGGGUGGGCACCUGCUGCCCUGGCAGCACAUGCACCCCUUCCCCAGCUCUGCUCCACCCCAACUGAAGAAACAAAGGCAAUGUUGGGGCUGGGGCCUGCAGCGCCCAGUGCCACUACGGACAUGGCAGAAAGUACAGAGAAGGGCGGCUUCUCUCAUGCCUCCAUUCACCCCGGGUCCUCUUGCAGCUCAGAGCAGAACUGCAGCACCACCACUUUUAACAGUGACAUGGGGUCCCUGGGCAGCGUGCUGCUGGACUCAGACCUGCAGUCCCUGUCCCAGUCCAGCCCAGACAGCAGCAACAGCUGGAGAGCCAAUGGCCAGAAGGAAGAGACUCCCCUCCUUUGCCAGCAAAGAGAGUUGCCCCCAAGGCUGAGCCCUGCCCCAGCCAUCCUAACCCCAGGGGAGGCCCUAGGGCCUUUACUGGAAGCAGGUGACUUACCGCAGCCUUUACUGGAAGCAGGUGACUUACCGCCACAUGAAGUGGUCCAGCAAGUGACCCCAGCCACGACCAAGGCUCACAGCAAGGUCUGGCUGAACAAACUGCACUAUUUCAGGAGGAGUGGAGUCCAGCACCUCUUCCUGCAAGGUGUAGCACACAACAGGGAAACACAGCAGCAGAAACCCGAACUCAUCCCCAGUGGGAAGCUGAGCAUGGUGCGCACCACCAUGGAGGAAAACUUCCUGGAGGGCACCUUGCAUUUCCUGAGUGAGUUCGUCUCCUGCCAGCACUAUCCUCCCAAAGAAAUCAUCUCCCAUCUGAUCAGAGACAUCUUGUUGGACUCCCACCAAGCAGAGAUCCUGAAGGACACCUACAUGCUCCUGAUGAAGAUCCAAAUGCUCCAUCCAGCAAACACCACCACUGUGGGAUGGGACUGGAUGCUGCUGAAACACAUCAUGGAGGACCAGGAGAAGCCCCCUGGCUGGCUCCUCUUCCUGCAGUACGUGGUACAGACCCUGGAGGAUGAUUUCCAGCAGAACCUGAGGCUGCGCCUGCUGCAGAAGUCGAUUGCCAAGAAAGUGCUUUCAUGCGACAUGUGCUUCAACAAUGUCAAGGAGAUAGUCGAAUGGCUGGUCGCAGCCGUUACAGGAGUUGGGUUCUCCCAGCCUCCAGAGCAGACACAAGAAAUUCCAUCCUCUUCGACAGAAGCAAGGGCCGAAUGCAACUUAUCUGCACCACAGCUAGCCAGCCCUGAUCAGACAGAGGUGGCUCCACCAGCGUUCUUCACCCAGAAGGUGGUGCUUCUGCUCCAGCGGAUGUUGUCCAUCGCAGUAGAAGUGGACAAAUCUCCCAACUGCAGCUCCUGUAAGAUUGCAGAUGUGAUAUUCCCAUUUAUACUGAAUAUUCCUCUGAGGAGCCAAAGGGAAGCUUUCUUAAACACCAUGGAGAGCCAGCUCCUGCGCUGCAAACUGCUAGAACUGUUGUUCCAGCAUAGUUGUGACGUGCCCACAACAUUGCCUUUGUCUCUGGCCAAGAUCCUGUACUUCCUGAGCCACUCCUCUGUGCUGCUGCCAUACCAGGUAUCCAGUCCAAACCGUCCUUUACAUUGUUUUUUCCUGAGAAAAUCUCUUCUAAUAACCAGUUAUUGUCUCCUGUCACAGGAUGAAACAGCAACAUGGCAAAGAUGGGAUGAGAUGCUGCAGUACUUGAGUUUGCUGCUGAUGAGUUACCGAAAUGUAAUACUGGCAUUUCCUCUUGCAGAGCACUUACGGAGUUCGCUCAAUGACCGGAUGGACUUGAUCAUUCAGAAAGCCAAGCCCAAGCUGCAGGACGGCGAUGACAUCAGCCAUCUGGACAUUCAACUGAAGGUAGAGGACUUCAUCAAACGAAUGCAGCAGGUCCUGGGGCAGCCUUUUGCCCCACAGAUCAUGGAUAAAUUGCACAUGCUUCGGGACUUGUUCCUCCUUGCUACUGCUACCUGAGAGACAACCACAGUGGCAGGGGAAGAAAUGAAAAGCUUCACAUUUUCUCCAUAGGACCCCAUCAAAAGCCCCAUCUCGUGCUGCAGUGUCAAGUGUCACAAGUCAUGUGGGUCUGUUUAUACAGUUCUUAGGAAGAAUGUCUGGUUUACAUGUUCCGUUUCCUUUCAAACUUGCCUCAUCCUAUGGUUUACAAGGCACUUUG